AUGGGUCAGAUUCAACACAAAUUCAUUGAAGUCCAAGGCCUCAAGCUCCACGUUGCCGAGAUCGGCUCCGGUCCCAAUGUAGUCGUGUUCUUGCAUGGAUUUUCGGAGAUGUGGUACUCAUGGUGGCACCAAAUGGUGGCCGUGGUGGAAGCCGGUUAUUGCGCACCAGCGCCUGAUUACAGAGGCUAUAGGUUGUUUGAUCCACCGCUUAAACCUGAAAAGGCCUCCUUCGGUGGCCUUUGUGACGGCCCAAGCGACGGCGCGCGCGGAGCAGGGAUGGCGAUGCAUUCGCGCCUCGGUCCCCGGAUGAACUUGGAUGGGCAGAAGCUGAUUUUGGGCGCCUUAAUGCUAAAACAGUCGUGCGCAAUAUACAUACUCUUUUCGAGAAGUGAACUACCAAUAGCUGCAGAGAACCAGGAGAUAAUGGAUAUAGUCGAUCCAUCUACCCCUCUUUCCUCUUGGUUUACAGAAGGAGAUCUUGAAGAAUACAGUUCUCUGUACCAGAAAUCAGGGUUCCACAAUACUAGUAAUGAUAUUGUGUUAUAUGCUUGGUCAUUUAAGGAGGAUAUGGGAAUAACUGAUUUUAUCAUUGAAGUUCCAGCACUGCUGGUUGUGGGAGGGAAGAAUUAUGUGGUCAAAUUUCCAGGCAUUAAAGAGUACAUCAGGAGCGGAAAAGUCAAAGACUUUGUUCCGCGGCUGGAGAUUGUAUUUUCGCCAGAGGGAAUGCAUUUUAUGCAGGAGCAAUCCCUUGGCGAGGUGACUCAGCUGAUUAUCAAACUUCUGAAGAAGCACAUUUGA